AUGACAGCAAGUGAUAAUUCCAACAAUUAUGUACUUAUUAAUCUUCAGGAACUUCAAGACAAGGUUUGGAAUGAAAUGGGUACACCUUUCCUGGUUUUAACAAAUAAUGAGAAAGGCAAUGUAGAAGCCAAAGUUUUGUACAACACAUCAUCAGUUGGCCUGAUCAAGUUACCUGCUAGUGGAGCGAAUAUUCACACAGUGGCACAGUCAAGUGUUAUGGUACAGCCGACAAACAAGGCAGUAAAACAGCCUCCAAAGACCUUGAUCCGUGUCUCUUCUGAGCAAACAAACUCUGUCAGCAAAACAGAAGCCCCCACACAAACCUGCCUUGAAUCAAAACAGCUGCUAUCAACCUUUGCCUCUUGUGUCAGCACCACCCCAACUACUGCUGUUAAUACUGUAUCCGUUGCCCUUGGUACAGAGCAAGUCCCCACAGGCUGUACAAAGACUUUUCCGACAGUUGGAUACAAAAAGUACAAUCAACAAACUUCUCAGGGUACACAACGAUCAUUGGAAUGUUCUUUUGAAGGUUGUGGCCGAAAAUUUUCUUGGCCUGCACACUUGAAGUACCACCAAAUGACACACACUGGUGAAAGGCAAUAUGCAUGUACAUCUGAUGGCUGCCUGAAGACAUUUUACACAUCCCAGCGAUUGGCUGUCCAUAUAAGAACUCACACAGGAGAAAAACCAUUUAAAUGUCAGGAAGAAGGCUGUGAAAAGGCUUUCACAACAGCUGGGAACCUCAAAAACCACAUCAGAGUCCACACAGGAGAACGUCCAUUUGUUUGUAAUUAUAUGGAUUGUAGCCGAAGUUUUGCUGAAUAUUCCAGUCUUCGUAAACACAAAUUAGUUCAUACCGGUGAAAAACCUUUUAUCUGUGAUGAAUGUGGGAAGAGUUUCUCACAAAGUGGAAGCCGAACAGUUCACAUCAAACGGCAUCAUGGGAUAGGUGCCAAGAAAGGAAAAGAAGGAGGAGGAGGAGGUACACAGCAGCAGCAGCAGCAUCCACCAAACCAAAAUGAUUGUGCACUUGAUAAGAAAGGCACCAACAUUUUCAUUCUCAGAAAUGGAGUUGAAGAGCAUGAAGGAAUCAUGCAGUAUCAAGAUUUUCCUGGUGGUGAGUCUGUUGUAUUUAGCCAAGAUAUGAGUGACCAUGUUGUAACAGUGACUACUCAACCAUAUGCUGCUGAAGAGAGAGUCAUUAGUGACCAGAUUGUGACAGUGACCAGUCAUCCAUCAGCUCCAGAAGAGACACAAGACAGAGAGAACAUCGACAUGUCACAGGAAAUACUCUCUUCAGAAAUGUUGCCUGGUGACAGCCUGAAUAGAGUUUCCCUUUCAUCAAACAGUGCCAAUGUGAUGGUUCUAUCUCAGCCACAAGAGAUGGUCUCUUUGGGUAGUAGCAGCAACAACACCAGCACCUACCAUACCACCCAUGCAAGUAGCCAAGGAACAGAUGAUAUUGUUUAUGAAAACGAUUUGCUAGAAAAUGACCUUGAACAUAAGGAAAUGUCUGCAACAAUGGGCCACCAUAUCCUCACUAUCUCUGCGUCUUUGUCACCGCAACAAGAACUAGCCGAAGAGACAGCCAGUUUGUUGCAUUCAGCUAAAGAAGUGACACUUGAUCCUAUGAUGGCAUCAGAUGAAGAAGAAGAUGAAGAUGCUUUAUCCAUUGGAAUCCAGCAGCAUACCAAAGUUGACUGA